AUGAAAUUUGUAUCGGUUAUUGUUCUGACGUUUCUGUCAACCGCAGCUAGCGCAGGAGUUAUUGCUCGCCCACUUGGUGAAUCGGCUGUCAAUUUACAAAAGCGAGGAUUAGAAGAUGGCUUGCCUCAAGAUAAUCAGAAGCCACAAACCAGCAACGAAGCGCCUACGAAUAAACCCAUUUCCUACGUAUAUGGCGACUAUCCGGAUUUACCUGGCUGGGAUGAGGAAACCCUUGAAUGUAGAAUCAUGGAAAUUCAGGCGCGUAUGCGCAGCUUGAAUAUGCCCAUUCCAGACGGAUUUAAUCCCGAGUAUCCACACAAGGCAUGCAUUAGAGAUUCCAAGUUUAGCAAGGAAAUUCAAGAAAAAACCAAGCUGGUUGGCAUGUGGGAACACUACAUGGGACUCUACCAGGAGUACAAGAAGUCUAGCGAUGAGGUGAAGGACGAAGAUCUAUGCGAUGACUCAUCCCCAUCAACCUCGGAUGUUGCUCCCGGUACUACCGAUCCUACUGCAGGUGCUGGUACUCCCGGUACUGCUGAUGCUUCUGCAGGUGCUAGUGCUCCCGGUACUGCUGAUGCUUCUGCAGGUGCUGGUACUCCCGGUACUACCGAUCCUACUGCAGGUGCUGGUACUCCCGGUACUGCUGAUGCUUCUGCAGGUGCUAGUGCUCCCGGUACUACCGAUCCUACUGCAGGUGCUGGUACUCCCGGUACUACCGAUCCUACUGCAGGUGCUGGUACUCCCGGUACUACCGAUCCUACUCCAGGUGCUAGUGCUCCCGGUACUGCUGAUGCUUCUGCAGGUGCUGGUACUCCCGGUACUGCUGAUGCUUCUGCAGGUGCUGGUACUCCCGGUACUACCGAUCCUACUCCAGGUGCUAGUGCUCCCGGUACUGCUGAUGCUUCUGCAGGUGCUGGUACUCCCGGUACUACCGAUCCUACUACAGGUGCUGGUGCUCCCGGUACUGCUGAUGCUUCUGCAGGUGCUGGUACUCCCGGUACUACUGAUGCUGCUACAGGUGCUAGUGCUCCCGGUACUACUGAUGCUGCUACAGGUGCUGGUUCUUCCGGUACUACCGAUGCCGAUAAGGAUACCGAUGUUUCUGAAACCAAAGAACCAAAAUCUGGUUCCAAGGGCAAGUUUGCUAAGUUGGCAAAGAAAGUCGCGAAACUUGCGAAACUUACGAAAGGAAAAGGUGAUUCGCAGGCAGUUGAACAGACUCCCCCAGCUGAUGAUCAGGAUUCACCUGAUGACAGAUAUCCGGAUCCAUCUCCACCUGCAAAGAAGCGACAGACUCCCCCAGCUGAUGAUCAGGACUCACUUGAUGACAGAUAUCCAGACCCAUCUCCACCUGCGAAGAAGCAACAGACUCCCGCGACUGGUGACCAACAGGCUCCUGCAACCGGAGAUCAGACUCCCGCGACUGGUGAUCAACAAGCUUCCGCAACCGGUGAUCAGACUCCCGCAACUAGUGAUCAUGCUUCUACAGCUAGUGCAUCACAAGCUUCCGCGACUGCUGCACCACAAGCUUCUGCAACCGGAGAUCAGACUCCCGCAACUGGUGAUCAUGCUUCUACAGCUAGUGCAUCACAAGCUUCCGCGACUGCUGCACCACAAGCUUCUGCAACCGGAGAUCAGACUCCCGCAACUAGUGACCAACAGGCUUCCGCGACUGAUGCAUCACAAGCUUCCGCGACUGCUGCACCACAAACUCCCGCAGCUGGUGGUCAACAAGCUCCAUCAACUGGUGGUCAGACUCCCGCGACUGGUGGUCAACAAGCUCCAUCAACUGGUGGUCAACAAGCUCCAUCAACUGGUGGUCAGACUCCCGCGACUGGUGGUCAACAAGCUCCAUCAACUGGUGGUCAGACUCCCGCGACUGGUGGUCAACAAGCUCCAUCAACUGGUGGUCAGACUCCCGCGACUGGUGGUCAACAAGCUCCAUCAACUGGUGGUCAACAAGCUCCAUCAACUGGUGGUCAGACUCCCGCAGCUGGUGGCCAACAAGCUCCAUCAACUGGUGAUCAGACUCCUGCAACCGGAGAUCAGCUUCCCGCAACUGGUGGCCAACAAGCUCCAUCAACUGGUGAUCAGACUCCUGCAACCGGAGAUCAGCUUCCCGCAACUGGCGAGGUCAUACCAAGUGCACCGCCAGCUCCAUCAGAUGAUGAUCAGACUCCCGCAAUUGAAGAGGUCAUACCAAGUGCACCGCCAGCUCCAUCAGAUGAUGAUCAGACUCCCGCAAUUGAAGAGGUCAUACCAAGUGCACCGCCAGCUCCAUCAGAUGAUGAUCAGACUCCCGCAAUUGAAGAGGUCAUACCAAGUGCACCGCCAGCUCCAUCAGAUGAUGAUCAGACUCCUGCAAUUGAAGAGGUCAUACCAAGUGCACCGCCAGCUCCAUCAGAUGAUGAUCAGACUCCUGCAAUUGAAGAGGUCAUACCAAGUGCACCGCCAGCUCCAUCAGAUGAUGAUCAGACUCCUGCAAUUGAAGAGGUCAUACCAAGUGCACCGCCAGCUCCAUCAGAUGAUGAUCAGACUCCCGCAAUUGAAGAGGUCAUACCAAGUGCACCGCCAGCUCCAUCAGAUGAUGAUCAGACUCCCGCAAUUGAAGAGGUUACACCAAAUGCACCACCAGCUCCAUCAGAUGAUGAUCAGACUCCAUCAGAUGAGCAACAGACUCCCCAGUAUGGUGGCCAUCAUUAUCGCCAUCGUCGUCCUAUCAGUACCUUCCCUGAGCUGGAUGCAUUCCGCGAAUCCCGUGUUAAUCGCCAUGCUGCUGUUAAUCAAGACCUUAAGGAUCGCCUUGCUAAUAACUCUGACGUUUCCGAAGAUGAACAGACUCACGAAGAUGAGCAGACUCACGAAGAUGAACAGACUCACGAAGAUGAACAGACUCCACCAUAUGAGCAACAGACUUACCAGUAUGGUGGCCAUCAUUAUCGCCAUCGUCGUCCUAUCAGUACUUUCCCUGAGCUGGAUGCAUUCCGCGAAUCCCGUGUUAAUCGCCAGGUGGCUGUUAAUGCAGAGCUUAGGGAUCGUCUUGCCAAUAAUGAUGAUCCUGAAGCUUCCUCACACACUCAGCAGAAGCUUAAAAAUACCUUUGAUGCAAUCGAUGCUCAAAGCGAGCACGAGAGACAGCAGCGCAUGGAGGAGCAUGAACAGGCUAUGGCUGCUAUGGAAUACCAACAACAGGAACGUACCGAGCAACAACAUGCUCAGGAACAACAGCGUGCUUGGCAAGCUUCCCAGCGUUCCUAUAAUGCUCAGCGACAACACGCUGAACAUAUUCGACACGUUAAAGCUCAACAGUAUACUCAACAACAGUAUACUCAGCAACACGUUCAGCAGGAGACUGUUCAGCAACAAACUGGAUUUACUGCCGGCCAACAAAAGAAACUUGAAUCCCCAUAUACGCAAUUCAUUGGGGACCGUCGAGUGCGUCAGGGAGCAGCUCAUCAGGAACUCAAGGAUAGACUAGCAAAUCGUUCUCAAUAA